CGCUAAAAGUGCUGACAAUCAGCAGAACUGUUAACAUAAUUAUCAGCUUACCAGCGCAGUAGUUAGUUUGUUCUCAGAAAGCAAUGGCUGGCAGGAGACCGUUUGGAUCUGAUGGCGUGGCCGACUAUGGGACCUUGUCUGACCCAGUUGACAACUACUCAGACGGUUCUUUUGUACGACUCAACGAUGUAGUCUCCAACUCAGUGAUGUCCAUCAAGCAGAGCACCCAAGCCCUACGCGGUUUGGAGAGGCAGAUUGGUACCUCAUCCGAUAGCAGUAACAUCCGCAAGAGAAUUCAGACGGUGAUCAGAUCUACAAUGAGCAAAGUAACCACCUCCAGUCAACAGCUAGGAGAGCUCAUCAAGACAGCCAAGACAACUGGAGAUAAACGUCAGCAGCUGACUGCCAACUCCAUCCAGCAGAACCUCACCUCAGCCACCAAUAACUUCAACACAGUCGUGGAGAGUGUGGUGGGGAGACUACAGGAGGUCCCUCAGCCUCCCAGGAUGUCCACUCCACAAUCAGGUUUCAUGGACUCUGGUGAGCUGGAUAUACGUGGUGACAGGGCGCAGUUGACCCGGGCAUCACCACAGCAACAGAGACAGUCACAGCAGCAGCAGACUACUAUGGUAGUCUCCACAGACGCUUCCUACCUGGAAGAGAGGGCAGACAGAAUGGAGGAAUUGGAAAAUGACAUCACCCAGCUGCACGAGAUAAUGGGGGAUAUUGGACAAAUGGUGGUGUCCCAGGGAGAGCAGAUCGACACGAUAGAGAAGCACACUGAAGAGGCGGCUCUCGACGUUCACACCGCCCACACUGAGUUGAUCAAGGCUGUUCGACUCAAGAGGUGUUCUCGGAAGAUGAGGCUAUGCAUAUGCUGUGUCGUCAGCACUGUCGCUGUAGCCAUCAUUAUCACUAUCAUUAUCAUUGUGGUGACGCUUACUAAGAAAUAAUAAUUACGUGCUUCUUAUAAGUGUUUUACCAAAGUGUUUUACCAACAAUACAUGUGUGCGUGUCUGAAUUGAAAACUAUUAUGUGAACUCAAAAGUUUUGUAACGUUUAUUGUACAUAAUAAUUGUGAUUUUUGCACAGGUAUAAUAUAUAAAUAUUUUGUGCACAUGAA